CGUCGCCUUCACUGAAUCAACAACAAUGUCGCUCAAAUUCUCCCCUUCCAACUCUCUCCAAGCCUUGAAGUUUGACAACGCUGGCCGCAUUCACUCCCUCGCUUCCUUCGAUUUGCGGAGGAGCUUCAACGCUGCCGCGAGGUUCCUGGAGAGCCGCGCUGGACCUGGCGCCGCCGUCGGCGGUGGUGGUGGUUUGGUGAUCGUCAAUGCAUCGAAGCAGGAUGCAGUUGCGUUCAAUCCGUUCGAAGAAGUGAAGAAGGAGCUCCGCCUCGUCUCCACCGAUUCUCAUGCGUCGCUCGCUCGCCACAAGUUCAAGGAUGCCUGCGAGGACGCCAUCAAUGAUCAGAUCAAUGUGGAGUACAGCAUUUCCUAUGUGUAUCAUGCAAUGUAUGCCUACUUCGACAGGGACAACGUUGCUCUCAAAGGCAUUGCAAAGUUUUUCAAGGACUCGAGUGAAGAGGAGAGGCAACACGCUGAGAAAUUGAUGGAUUAUCAGAAUAAGCGAGGUGGAAAAGUUAUGCUGCAUACUCUACUGAUGCCUCUCUCUGAUUUUGACCAUCAGGAGAAAGGAGAUGCAUUAUAUGCAAUGGAGCUUGCUCUGUCACUUGAGAAGUUAACAAAUGAAAAACUGUUGAAAUUGCACAAGGUUGCUGAUGAGCAAAAUGAUACACAACUGACAGACUUUGUUGAGGAGGAAUUCUUGGCUGAGCAGGUGGAAUCCAUCAAGAAGAUUUCUGAAUAUGUAGCCCAGCUGCGUCGAGUGGGCGAUGGCCAUGGUGUUUGGCACUUCGAUCAGAUGCUCCUCAACAAUAAUGGCGCUGCAUGAUAUGAUGGACCAUCAACCUAUACCUACCCAUUCAAUGUAUCCAGUUGUAGCUGCUGCUGGUUAAUAUUUCCUCAUAGGCAAUGGGUCAAUCAACUUGUUAGAACAGUUGGCAACUUAGUAUUGACAUUUGUAAUAUUCUAGACUAGUAGACUAUGUUCUGUGGCUGCCUUUAUUUUCCCUAAACUUCUUGUGUUUGAUACUCAACCACAACAAUGAAGAAAAGUUUAAACAACACAAAUUCUUGCAAGGCAAGGACCCAUUAGCUCAUUAUGCUAGUGCUACAAAUUGCUUUUGACUAUGUUCAUGUUCCCAUCGUCUACCAUCAACUUUAAGUCAUUCUAGCUGAUCAUUUUUAGGAAAUGACAGUACCCUUUCACCC